AUGGACCACGGAACGGCUGAGUUGGAAAAGAUAAAUAUAAGUGACGAAAAUGAAGUGAAAUCUCUAAAGGAUGUGGACUCUAAUCGACCAUUUCGGAGACAGGUGUUGAAUUGGCCUUAUGUUAAAUGUCGUGUGGUUGCCCUGCAGACUUCUCGUCAAGUUCCACAUCUUUGGCGGAUGUCUGCCGGAGCGCAUAUCCUCUUCAAAGAAAGGUUGUUAGCAAUUCGCAAUCGAAGAAGUGAUUCCAACCUCCAACCCCGGCUGUUCAUGUUCUACGAACGCUAA